AUGGACCCUCCUCGACAAGCUUUGUGGCCGAUCGGGCUCCUGGAACCGGACCCACGGCCCUCCUUCCUCGUGCAGCUUCCAGCUUCGUCCGAUACCGUCACCGAUGCGACUGUCGUCUACCAAAACCCAGCCUUGGCUUCCCAUGGUGAUCUGCAGAGCACCAUUGCGCUGCUCCCGGAGCAACAUGGCGAACCAUUCUGGUCUUGGAUCAUCAACACCGACGGUGCAGGCUCGCCCUCGUUUUCGUUCCGGGGCUCGAUCUGGACGAAGAUCGUACUCCAGACCCGAUGGAUCAUUGUCGGCAGCAACGAAAUCCACCCAUCAGAGGCGCCUGCCGUCCUUGGCGCCCCUUCCAUCUCCCGCGUUCAGUCAUCGCAAAUGCGCCUGGACGGCCUCGAUCAUCUCAACCGCUCCAUGAUCAAAAGCCAGUUCACAGAAUCAGCGCCUACAACACCCGCCGUCAACCCACGUCUUGAACCCGACAAGCCACGACCUGCUAGGGUGCUGAGUGAACCGAACCAAAAAGCUAUCGAGAUAGCACACGGCCAAGAAUCGUUCCUCGAGAUUGUAGAAGCUACUGACUGGGACAGCACACCUCUUGGACCCAUGGACAGCUGGCCACCUCUCCUGCAACAAACGUACAGCCAGAUGCUUUGUAACUCUCAACCGACAGCCAUAUACUGGGGCGAAGACUUCACAACGGUCUACAAUGAAGCAUUCAGUCUGCUCGUCGGUUCACGGCAUCCUUCUACUCUCGGCAAGCCCAUGCGAGAUGUCUUUCCCGACAUGGCCGGCCAGAUUCAGAAGCUCAUGGAUACGUCAGUAAAGAAGCAACGCGCCAGCAACGAGGACGAAACGCGCUUCUUCGUCGAUACUCCCAGCCGCCCACCGUUAGAGACGUACCUCAAGUGGUCUAUCGUGCCGCUGACCCAGGACAACAAGUGCUACGGCUUCGUCCACCACAUUUCAGAGACCACGAUGUAUCAACUUUUCCGAAGACGAAUCAAGAUGCUGGUGAACAUGGGUGAGGAGCUGGGCACGGCAAAGGAUGUCAAGUCGCUGUGGGGCAAGCUCAUUAACGAGUUCGCCAGUUAUGAGCCGGCGUACGAUAUUCCACUGGCAAUUCUGUACUCUAUCGAGAAGGACGAAAGCGUACGCGAAGGAACGACCACAAAGUACGCAUCGUCACGGAUUUGUCACUUUGAAGGCGCCUUGGGUGUUCCGCCAGGCCACCCCAUCACCCCUGAGCAGCUGCGCCUGAGUGAAGCUGACGAUGGGCUGGCACCACAGAUUCGCAGGGCGUUGCAAGGCAGAAAACCCUUGUUGAUUAGUGAAGCUGAUGGAAGCUUGCCGGAGGACCUGCUGCAAGGGCUUCAGUGGCGUGGCUUCGGUGAUCCCUGUGACCUCGCCAUUGUUCUUCCCAUCCGUCCAACGAGGGAUGAGGAGGAGAUGGGUGUCCUCAUACUAGGUCUCAACCCACGCCGGCCCUACGACGAUGCGUACAAGCUCUACAUCAGACUUCUCAACCAAAAGUUAAGCAUGUCUCUUGCCUGUACCGUGCUGCUGCAAGAGGAAAGACGGCGUGGCCGGACUGCUGCCGAACAAGCGGCCUAUGACCACGCCAUGCUUAAAGAGAAGCUGGCGUACCAGAUGAAGGAGACAAUCGAAUACACGAGGCUGUUCCAAACGGUAUCUGAGUUCAUCCCCAACGGUUUCUCAAUCGGUGAUCACCAAGGCAAUAUCACCUUUGCCAACCGACUUUGGUAUCGCAUCACGGGGUAUCCAGAGGGGCCCGUCUCAAACGCUGGCUUUCUCGCUUGUGUGCUGGAGGAAGACCGCCCUAAGAUUCGAGAAGCGUAUGAAAGACUGAAAAGCCGGGAUGAGGUUGACUUUGAAUUCCGCAUACGAGAGGCUGAUCACAAGGAGGAGCCGAUGCGAGUGCAAUCGCCAUUCGAGAAUGCCGGCCUUGAUUUGGCAGCGGCGGCGCAAGACAGAACAGAAAGACAUGUCAUGGCCCAGGCAAAGGCUGAGCGUGCGGGUGAUGGCACCAUUAUUCGAACCUUUACUUGCCUCACCGACGUCACUGCCCACAAGAGGGUAGCCGACGAAGCCAUCAUGCGAGCACAGCAGGCGGGCAACCUCAAACGCAUGGCCGAGCUUGCUACAGUCGGCAUGUUUGACAUGGACAUGAGUGGUCGCCUGCUCGGUGCCAACAAUGUAUUUUUUGAGCUCUGCGGGCUGGCCAAGGUCAAUCCCCUGAAGGUUGUGGUUCGCCCAUGGAGCACUUGCGUUGUGGAAAAGGACCUACCGAUUCUGUCCGAGAGCCUGGCACGCCUCAGUCGAGAUGCCAAACCACAAGUAGCCGAGAUUAGGCUCAAGACUACCUGGAUCGCCCAGGACGUGGCGGGUAAUAGCAUCACUGCGCCGCGGUGGGUGAACGCGACGUUCAUGCCUGUGCGGGAUUCCGACGGCGUGGUACAGUCGUUUACUGGGUGCCUCAGCGACGUGUCGCUGCCAAAGUGGCAACUGGAGCUCGAAACGGAGAGGAAAGAGGAGGCGAUUGAUUCGAAGCGGCAGCAGGAUAACUUUAUCGACAUGACAUCGCACGAGAUGCGCAAUCCACUGAGCGCCAUCAUCCACUGUUCCGAUGCCAUCAUUGCAUCAUUGGCCAAGGGCCAAGAGCUCUUGGAGCAUGGCCCCCGAAGCCCUCGAAGCCCGCGGUCAGCCUCCUCUGCCACGGAUUCGCAUGGCGAUGGACACGUCGAUCUCUCUCAACUGAUUGCCGACAGUAUCGACAAUGCAGAGACGAUUGUAGCGUGCGCCCAACACCAGAAACGCAUUGUGGAUGACAUUCUCACCAUGUCCAAGUUGGAUUCCAAGCUGCUGGCUGUCACGCCGUGCACAGUGAACCCCGUGUCGAUCGGGCAAGAAGCACUGAGAAUGUUCGACGUGGAGGCGCGGCGGGUAGAUAUCGAGCUUACCAUGACGGUCGACCAGUCGUACAAGGAUCUAGGCUACGAGUAUCUGGAUCUCGACCCGUCGCGCGUCAAGCAGGUGCUCAUCAACCUGUUGACCAACGCCCUCAAAUUCACCAAGUCGGGGUCGACACGCAACGUUUCGGUCUCGAUGAAGGGCUCCCGUGAGAGGCCCACCAACGAGACGUCUCCGGUGACCUUCAUCCCGCGCUCGUGCGAAGAGGAUUCCGAGUACGAGCAACCGGCGCUGGAAGGGCGAGAUAAUCCGGUUUACCUGAUCUUCGAGGUCAAGGAUACGGGCCAGGGCUUGUCAGCGGCAGAAAAGGCCAAUCUUUUCAACCGAUUCGUGCAGGCCAGCUCGCGGACGCACGUCAAGUACGGAGGCUCAGGCCUCGGGCUCUUCAUCUCGCGCCGGCUGACGGAGCUGCAAAGGGGCGCUAUCGGUGUGUCGAGCUUGCCGGGUGUGGGAUCAACGUUUGCCUUUUACAUAGAGUCGUACGUCCCAACGGAAGAGGCCAGGCAGGAGGCCGAGUUCGCGACGGACGCCGCGAGGACCAGUCCUCUGACCUUUGGCACACCGAGCCCCGGACAGCCUGCAGCGGGACAUGGGGUGACGAAAGCGCGGACGCCGUCUGUGACCCAACGGCCCAAGCGACAAGUGGGCAAUCAGCGCGACCAUCGGCUUGACGGAAUCUUGGUUGUGGAGGACAACCUGAUCAACCAGCAGAUCACACGGCGCGGCCUUCACGACCGGGGGUUCAGAGUGGACGUUGCCAACCACGGGCUCGAGGCGCUCGAGAAACUGGCAGAGUCAGUUGCGCAGCGGAAGGUGCAGGAAAGACCAGAAGAGGCAGGCGGCGGCAAAGGUGCGGUCAAGACGACAACGACGGCAGAGGCCGGAAGCGUGCCCCUCGUCAUCAACCUCAUCCUGAUGGACAUGGAGAUGCCGAUCCAGGAUGGGCUGACGUGCACGCGGCAUAUUCGUGCGAUGGAAAAGGAGGGCAAGGUGUUUUGCGGCGACGACGGGGGCCGGAUUCCCAUCAUCGCGGUCAGCGCCAAUGCGCGGCCGGAACAGAUGCAGCAGGCGCGCGAGGCAGGCUGCGACGACGUGCUGGUCAAGCCAUAUCGGAUGCCGGAGCUCAUUGAGAAGAUGCACGUCGUGGUACGGCGGGUACGGGCCUUGAGCUCCGCGGCGGCUGUACGGCAAGGAUAG